UGUACACAUGGCUGAAGUUGGUAGUGCAAAGUUUGUGUGGAAGUUGUUUGGGUUUCUUCUAUAAAAUUACGUGUGUGUAACCCUCAAUUAUUAUCUAAACAUUUCUCAAAUUCUUCAGAAACACCACGCUACAGACGGAGAUCCUGAUUAACGCGAAUUCCUUCAGAAGUCACAGCGCAAACCCAAGUUUUCCUGGCCCCGCCACCACUGAUUGGCAUUGCCACGUGAGUCCGCGUCCGGUGACUGCAGAGCUAGGCCACGCCUCCUACCAUUCAUUAGUCACUCGCCAAUGUAUUGCACGCUGUUGCGGGCUUUAGCUAGCUGAGCGAGCUGAUCACCCGCACUUCCCUUGCAGAGUUUCAGAGGACUAAAAAGGGACCCGUCUUCGACCAAAACGGUAGUUUCUCUCAAAACACAGCCACAGGAAUUAGGAUGCGUGACACCAUGUCGACAGCCCUUGUAUCGGCGAAUGUAUCGACCUACGAGUAUGACUAUGUCAGUGAUAUCCUCUGCAACAAUUACAAGAACCCACCACCGACGACCCGCACACAACUGAAACUCGACAAGAGAGCAGUGGGAACUCCGAUCCACGGGAUCCGCAGGCAUUCCACGAGUUCUGCAAACAUCGUCAACGGGAAUGGCAUGAACGCUAACACCAAUGCUAACGAUGCGGGUAAACUACGAGACCGUGCGAUGAGCGAAAGCGAUCGCAACCAGCGAACCCAAACAAGUCGGUACAAAACGGAGCUGUGCCGGCCUUUUGAGGAAAACGGGACCUGCAAGUAUGGGGACAAAUGUCAGUUCGCCCACGGCAUGCACGAACUGAGAAAUCUUUCUCGCCACCCUAAAUACAAAUCGGAGUUGUGCCGCACUUUCCACACGGUGGGGUUCUGCCCUUAUGGACCCCGCUGUCAUUUUAUUCACAAUCCAGAAGAGCGAAAGCUGGGAAUGGCCUUUGCAGAGCAACAGGCCAAACAUCCCCGUGAUCGUACCGUUGAGAGGCCCAAGUUGUUGCACUUUCCCAGUGCUCCAAUGGGUACUACAUGCGGAGGUGAUCUGACACCACCAAGCGACAGCCCAACAUCAAUGACACCCCCUCCCUCACUGUUUGGUGAUGACAUUACUCCCAACAUGCCCCUGAGUGCCAGUGUCCUACAAUCUGCAGUGAAUGUUUUCAACUUCACCCAACGUCAGAGGAAUCAGCAGGAGUUGCCCAAUGUGAUGUCACCCAUCAUGUCACCCACCAUCAGUGGGAUCAGCAGCCCCUUUGGAUCUGGCCCCAUGUCCCCAUUCACUCCCCUACAGCAGCUGAGCACAGAAAAUGAGCAGCAAUUGAGCUUCCCGCCGCCUGUGACCCGUCAGGAUAGCAGUGUUUUCUUCUCCGAUAAUCUGAAUGACUUCUCCCGUAACACUUUCCGACCACCUUCACCCCCUGACUCUCUCUCUGACCCCGAGUCUCUUGGUGAUUCCAUGGGUCCAGCUUCUCCUACUCUUGUUCCAAGCCUCCCCACUGUUCCUAUCAACCCUCUCGCUAAGGCUCAUCCUGGCUCAAGUCCAAUGGCAAAUCAGCGGGUGGGCCGCCUUCCUAUCUUCCGUGGCAUGUCUCACGAGGAACGGUUCUAGACAACGCGCAAGCAAGGAUGGUCCACCUUGAUUAAAAAAAGGGACACCCAACAGCUCACGGACAUGACCCCACAGUUUCUAUUCCAAUGACAUGCUUUAAGUGUCUUCCUUUUUUCUAUGGUCCGUAAUCAAAGGAUUUGUAUAAAAUAGUUUGAUUGUAUUUUAUUAUAAGAUAUUUCUUAUUUGAAAUUGUUAUCUGAAUUAACAUGACAUCUGUUGAUAUUUCCAUACUCCAGGAGUUAUAACUAUUUAUAUGAGAAAAAAAAGUAGUCAGUUGGGGCUGUUCAUAUUUAAUUUGUUCUGCACUUAAAACAUUCUUAGCCUUAAACUGACCAUGCAAGUCAAUCUUGCUAAGCCUGGACCUUAUGUAUUUAAUUGUCAUUACUUUGUAUUUUUGAAAUUUGUACUAUUCAAUGCUGAGCAUAGAGAGUGGUUCGCUGUUAGUUGAAACUAAGCCUCUUGCUGAAGUGCAGCCCCUUCCUUCUAAGUAUUUAAGUUAUCCAUCUUAUUUAUUUGAAAACAUUAUAUGCAUUUUUGGUGAAUUUAUAAUGCCCGUAUUUAUCAGGUUUUAUGAUGAUUAGAUAUAUUAUAUAUUAUUAUUAUUGUGAUGUGACACUUGUGUUUUAAAUUAUGAAAGAAACUUAAAAGAUAUUUUGUCUUUGAUGCCAUCUUGGUAUGAAGAUGCCAUCUUGGUAUGAAGAGUACUUAAGUCUUGUUUUUGGAUACAGUAUUUUCUUCCUUCUCUACUUAAUUUCUUUGGAUUGAGAUGAACUUCAUGGUCGAGUCUUAUUUGUAAUCUCAUGGUUAAUGACAUAGUGGAAGUAUCACUUUUGUAUAUACACCUGACGACCAACCAGAACUUCAACAAAAAACAGACAAAUUUUAACUUAAAAUUCUGUUCACGAAAACAGUGUAUGAGAACUUGUGUGCGAGAUGGAUUUUGUACAUAAACUAGUAAUCCACUCGGCAGAGUUCAAUCACAUUUGUUUCAUGCAGUUGAUUUUUUUUUACGCAGAACUAAUUCACCCCUGUUUGUGCAAAAAAGUUUUUUAACCAAAAAAAUAGUAUAAAAAACCUAUAAAAAAAAAAAAUUGAAAAAAAAAAUGUGUUUUUAAAAAAGAUCAAAAUGUUUUGUGCCACGUACGGUAAGCAACUCGUGCAAACUUUGACAGUAGAUCAACUGUGCAAAAGUAUCAGCUCGUUUUUGUACUUGCGUACUUAAAAGUGUUGAACAAAAAAUUUAUUUACUUAUUAACAGGUAGGCUAGUAAUUUAAAUUUCAUAUUUUAUGCAGCAACGUUUGAUGUGUUACUUGAGUCUACCUGUACAAGUUUGUUCAUGAAAAGGUUUCAUCUAGUUCACUUUUGAGCAAUAGUGGUAUAAAUCUAAUGUUUGUUGAUGAAGAUGAAAUUGAAAUGAUUAACAUUUAUAAUGACAUUAUAAUCUAGAUUCGACGCACUUUUGGUCUUAAAAUCCAACGGACAUUUUAAUACUUGUCCUGGUUGAGUCCUAUGUACUUCUGAAAUCUGUUGAUUAUUUAUUUGUUCUUUUAAAACCAAUUAUCUCCACUGGGGAAGCACUGUCCAAUAUUAAAAAUUAAAAGAAAAUAAUCCACAAAAGAUUCAUUACAACAUAUAAACAUUCCGUGAGCAUUUGAAAUUUUGUUGUGAUAUUCAAUAAAUUUGUAUCUCACUGUUCCCUGUUCUUAUUAUAGCCAACCUUUAAAUAGAUUUUGUGUUGUAUUUAUGAAGACUUAAGCUAUGCAAAACUUUUUCCAUCUUCCUGCACUCAUACACUGCCGCACGGCUAGGGCCAUGCAAUAUGUGUAAAUGUUAAUAUUGUACUUAGUUAUAAAUUUAUUUAAAAUGAAUUUUAAGAGUUGAUAUUUUUUACGUAUCAAUUAUUACUAAAAUUGUCUUGGCGAACACUGUAAGUGCCUUAAACAAGUUUGAUGACGCCAAAUUUUGCCUGUUAAACCUACACUUUUUACGAAGCAUAAAUAUGACAAUUUUCAAGAUCAUUUUCCUUCAAGUGCCUUGCGGUGAAACAUCCCAUUGACAGCUUUUUCCAGUGCAACAAACUUUUGUACGACGAGUAUUUCAUAUUUUUAUGCUAAUCAAGCUUUAAAAAGUUAUCAAACAUAUAACGAGGUCAAAAUGACUACUUUUUCUGAAAGUGUUUUCUCUGCACCUUGUUAUUUUUUUGGCCCAGUGCAGUGGACACCAGUUUGCUUGGCUGUUCAAUGAAAUUCACUCAGUCGUUUGUAUUUUGUAACGUACAUAUGUAUUUGUGUGUUAAGCAUAUUGUGUUGAGUAUGAGAUAAAAAAAACUGUUAAAUUCGCUAAGAAAAAAAAGGAA